CCACUCAUGCUCUUCACUCUUCAAAUAUAAACCCUACUUUCUGCACUACUUUCAUCAACAACAAAAAAUCACCCAAACCCACAUAUGGAAACUGACCUCAUUAUCAUAUUCAUGGUGGUAGCCACCACGUCUGCCUAUUUCCUGUGGUUUCACCACCUCUCACGUCGUCUUUCCGGCCCAAAAGUCUACCCUCUCUUCGGUAGUCUUCCGGUUCUCUUCCUAAACCGAGCUCGGAUCCACGACUGGAUCGCGGGAAACCUACGUUCCGCGGGUCGUAACGGGACUUACCAGACCACUACCAUUGCAUUACCAUUUUUUGCACGUAAACAAGGGUUUUAUACCGUUACAUGCAACCCUAAAAACAUUGAACACAUACUUCGGACCCGGUUUUAUAACUACCCGAAAGGACCCACGUGGCAAACGGCGUUUCAUGAUCUGUUAGGUCAAGGGAUAUUUAACAGUGAUGGAGAAACAUGGUUGAUACAACGGAAAACCGCGGCUUUAGAGUUCACAACGCGGACGCUUCGACAAGCCAUGGCUCGGUGGGUUAGCCGGACCAUUAAGACAAGGUUAUGGGUCAUUUUGGAGAGAGCUUCGAAUGAACAUUUUCCGGUCGAUUUGCAAGAUCUUUUGCUCCGGUUAACGUUUGAUAACAUAUGCGGUUUGACGUUCGGGAAAGACCCGGAAACGUUGUCUAUGGAGUUGUCGGAUAAUCCGUUUGCGACGGCCUUUGACUCUGCCACGGAGGCCACACUGCAACGGCUGUUGUACCCUGGGUUUUUAUGGCGGUUAAAGAAACUUUUUGGGAUAGGGGCAGAAAUAAGACUUCAAAAAAGCCUUCAAGUUGUUGAAGCUUACAUGACCGAGGCGUUAACUGCGCGGAAAUUAAACCCGUCAGAUGAUCUUCUGUCGAGGUUUAUUAAAAAACGUGAUGUGGAAGGGAAUUUAUUCCCUAACCACGUUUUAAAACGUAUUGCAUUAAAUUUUGUUUUAGCUGGGCGCGACACGUCAUCUGUCGCGCUCAGUUGGUUUUUCUGGUUGGUUAUGAACAACCAAUCAGUGGAAUCUAAGAUCAUCUAUGAGUUGACCACGGUUUUAAAAGACACACGUGGCAGUGAUCCGAAAUCUUGGAUUUCGGAUCCUCUGAUAUUCGAGGAAGCCGACAGGUUGGUGUACCUGAAGGCAGCCUUGGCGGAGACUCUCCGUUUGUACCCGUCCGUGCCAGAGGAUUUCAAGUACGUUAUCAACGAUGAUAUUUUACCAGACGGAACUAGGGUUCCAGCAGGUUCAACGGUGACAUACUCGAUAUACUCCGUUGGGCGGAUGAAGAGUGUGUGGGGCGACGAUUGCUUGGAGUUCAAACCGGAGAGAUGGUUGUCGGCCACUGGAGACCAGUUUGAACCACCGAAUGAUGGAUACAAGUUCGUGGCGUUUAACGCUGGACCACGAACAUGCUUGGGCAAAGAUUUGGCAUACUUACAGAUGAAAUCGGUGGUCUCCGCCGUGCUCCUCCGUUACCGGCUGUCAUUGGUUCCUGGUCACCGGGUGGAACAAAAGAUGUCUUUGACGUUGUUUAUGAAGAAUGGUCUUAAGGUAUACUUGCAUCCACGAGAUCUUACCUCAGGAUAGAACUAUUGGUUGCUUUUGUGGUGGUCUAUAUCUUUGAUGUUGUGAUGCUUUGUUUUGCUUGACAAACAUCAUAUCAAGUUCUUUCAAAUUCAUACAUUGAAUACUCUUUUAAGUCAUGUUUGUUUCUUGUUUAAAUGUUUUUUGUAACAAUAAAUUUGUUUGGUUUGUAACGACACCAUUAAUUUAUGGUAUAUUAUCAAAUAUUUAAAUAUAUAGUUUUAUAUUA